GUCACGUGGUGCCGAACCGCAGCCUGGCUGUGUCUCGCGCUUGCCUCCACCCGCUCAGCGCCCGCACAUGGAUGGACUCGCUUCCUGUCACAGCACGUUUUCCUCCAGGAAGCCUUCGUGAGGACUUCUGGCGAGAUGAUAUCCAAGGAAGAAGGGAAUGAGCGACGCGACCUCACCUUCACACCCCACUCCUCAUCUCUUUAAACGGACACUGUGUGGAUUUUCAGAAUAACCUAACACCUGAUCUCACUCUGACCCUCAGCUCCAGUUCUACCAAUAUGGCAUCCUUGCUCCAUCCUGUCCUGUUCCUUCUACUUCCAUUACUACAUGUUCAGUCAAACUCCCAUCAGAAGCCCCAGUGGCCUUUGCAGCGUGUGCCUGUAGUCCUUCCUCAACAGAUUGAGGAGCGGCCGCCCCCUAGUUUCAUCGGCCCAGCUCAUCUGGAAGUGACCUCUUCCUGUGGUCCCGAGUGUCACAAGGAAGCCCCAACACCAAGCUACUGGGACCUGCGACACUUCCUGUCCUACGAGACUCUCCACUCCAAUGGUCAGCUGACUGAGACAGUUGUAGGAAUCUAUGGCUUCAAUCCAAACAUGCUGAAGAGCCCUGCUGCUGAGCCGGGGCGUUCCAGAACCAAGCGCCAGAUCUUUGGCCAUGAUGGUCGCUUCAGCAUUGUGGACCAGGACUUCCUGCUGAACUACCCUUUUUCAACUGCUGUGAAGCUGUCCACCGGAUGCUCAGGCACACUAGUGGGUAACCAGCAUGUUCUCACUGCAGCCCACUGCAUCCAUGAUGGAAAGAACUACGUCAAAGGUACACAAAGGUUGCGUGUCGGUUUUCUGAAGCCACGGCAAAAGGACCCACUAUCUAACAACAGCACUGACAACAAGAUGAAGUUCCAAUGGAUCAGAGUCAAGCGCACCCAUGUGCCCAAGGGCUGGAUAAAGGGCAAUGCUAAUGAAAUUGGCAUGGACUAUGAUUACUCUCUCUUGGAACUCAAGAAGGCUCACAAGCGCAAACACAUGAAGCUGGGAGUGAGUCCUUCUGCCCAGCAACUGCCUGGUAAACGAGUGCAGUUCUCCGGCUUUGACAACGAUCGACCAGGCCAGCUGGUCUACCGCUUCUGCAAAGCCGGGGACGAAACCUACGACCUUCUGUAUCAACAUUGUGAUGCUCAGCCUGGCGCUAGCGGCUCUGGAGUUUAUGCCCGGAUGUGGGACCGCAGGCGCCGCCGUUGGGAGCGAAAGGUGAUCGGGAUCUUUUCGGGACACCAGUGGGUCGACCUCAACGGUGCCCCCCAGGAGUUUAACGUAGCGGUGCGCAUCACUCCUCUUAAAUAUGCCCAGAUCUGCUACUGGAUCAAAGGGAAUUAUAUGGACUGCAGAGAAGGCUGAACUUAACCUUUAGUGUUAUCCUUACCUUUAGUAAAGUUCUAUGCAUCCUCUAGAUUCAUUCAAAUAGAGUUGAAACAACUAUGACUACAUGAAACACUGGCAUGUAAACACUGAACGAACUUAACACACCCAUUCACACUGUAACUACUCAGAAAUGACAAGAAUUUCCAGAAACUUAUAUACAGUUCCUUAACCAAAUAAUUUUGCACACUCUGCUUUAGUUUCACUUAGCCUUUACAAUAGUAUAGGAUCUAGGAUUCAUCUUUGAUAAGUCAACAAAACUGUAGUUAAUCUUUCAAUUCGCGCAAAAUAGCAAACAAUUCUGAAUAGAUGGAAAGAACAUGAACGUAGCAGAAUGGACCUGAUGUCAACCAAAGAUGGAUUUUAAUGACUGUACAAAGCACUGUAGUCUUUAAGGCUUUGUGAAUUGUUUGUGAAGCAUGUACUCCAGUUCAACUAAAGGUGCUUUUUUUUUUUAUUUGCCUAUCCAAGUCAAACAUACAGAGAUCUUUGCCUACUGUAUAAACUCUCUCCAUGUCAUGGCAUGUGGUUUCUAUUCUGUUAGCGACCCCUAGUGGUCAAAGACAUUACAUCAAAUGGCCACAAGACCCAAGUUUCAAAGCGUGUUCGUGGACGGUGCCUUCUUACACUAAUCACAGAAUUUUUUUAUUUUAUUUUAUUUUUCAUUAAAUAAGUACAUGGAGAUGCAUAUGUUAUAUACUUAAAAUGUUAUAUACCAAUGUCAGCACCUAAAGCACUUUGAAUUUCUUUUAAAUUACUGAUUUCUUUAGUCAUUAACAGCUUUUUAUGAUAAUUCACUCUGUAUUAUACAAAUGUUUAUAAAAUGCCUUUGAAAAGACAUCAUUCUAACAUGUCACUGUUGACUCAACAUGUAAAUAUUUUAUAUGACAUACACUGAUCAGCCGUAACAUUAAAACCACCUGUCUAAUAUUGUGUGCCUUGAAGGGGUGUACUUGGUCUGCAGCAACGUUUAGGUAGGUGGUACGUGUCAAAGUAACAUCCACAUGAAUGCCAGGACCCAAAUUUUCACAGCAGAGAAUUACCCAGAACAUCACACUUCCUCCUCCAGCUUGCCUUCUUCCCAUAGUGCAUCCUGGUGCCAUCUCUUCCCCACGUAAGCGACACACACGCACCCAGAUUUUCAUGAUGUAAAAAGAAAACAUGAUUAAUCAGACCAGACCAGACUUGUUCCAUUGCUCCAUGGUCCAGUUCUGAUGCCACGUGCCCAAUGUAGAUUGGGUGGACAGUGUUCAGCAUGGGCACUUUGACCAGUCUACGACACAGCAAGCUGUGAUGCACUAUGAGUUCUGUCAACUUUCUAUCAUAGCCAGCAUUAACUUUUUCAGCAAUCUGUGCUCCAGUAGUUCUGCUGUUGGAUCUGACCAGACAGGCUAGCCUUCACUCCCCAUGUGCAUCAAUGAGCCUUGGGCGCAUGAGCCUGUCGCCGGUUGUCCUUUCUUGGACCACUUUUGGUAGGUACUAACCCCUGCAUGUCAGGAACACCCCACAAGACCGGCUGUUUUGGAGAUUAUCUGACACAGUCCUCUAGCCAUCGUAAUUUGGCCCUUAUAAAAGUUGCUCAAUCCAUAAACUUGCCCAUUUUGCCCAAUAUAUCCCACCCCCCCUUCCAGGUGCCCUUGUAACGAGAUAACGUUAUUCAUGUCACCUGUCCGUGGUUUUAAUGUUAUGGCUGAUCAGUGUAUUUUUGCAUUGUAACUCCUGUCUGACUGCUCAUUAAAAAUAAAUAAAUAAAUAAAUAAAUUACAUAUACAGUAUGCCAUACAAAGCAUAUCCUUUACAGAAGGUAAAGCCUGUAGUUUGCUUAUGUGUAAAUUUAAUCUUGACUAUGAUACAAUGUCUGGUACAAAUCUUCAGGCAAAUAUUUAGUCUGUGGGUUUUUUGUGCAUUACAAAAACAUUUUUCCAAACAAGACAUCCACACACUGAGAUAAUGGGAGAAGUUUUCUCGUUUUAUUCUGGAUGCCAUGGCAUUGGGAAAUAAUGCUGCAUUGUAUCAAAUACUGCAAGUCCGACAGACUACGGGCCCGGACCCAGCAUCUAUGUAGCCAUUACCAUGUUGAAAAUAAUGGCAGAAGGUAGGCUCCCAUAGCAUCCUGGGAUUUGGCACAGAGAUGAACUUAAAUAAACAGGAAACAAAGUGGCAUCUAUUAAGCUUCAAAACGCUGUUGCGACAGGAAAAAGUGGAGUCCAAGAAAAGAAAAAAAAAAAAAAGAAAAUUUAAAUGCACCAAUAUCAAGCUAUUGACAGUUCAUAAUCAUAAAAUACAGUAAUGCAAUGAAGAGAAAUAAUACAGCAUUCACUAUACAAGAUCGAAUUUCAUCCACUUGUCAGACCUCAAUCUCGAGUGCACAGCUGAACUCCUCUCUUAACUGGCUGCCCGUUUUGUUUUGUUUUUAAGAGCAUCUUUGGCGACAUUUGGACGUCGUGUGGGAAACGUGCUAAAAAGCAUGGACGCUUCUCCCCGUCUGCUUCUUUUUCCGCCGUUUGGUUUUUUUCCCCAAAAAAACUUUUACAUAGGGGAAGAAAUGACAUCACGUCAUGCAAACGUAAUGCCCUGCGUUCAUUCAUGUAACAGUAUACAAAAUAAAAUAUUUUCUUAAAUAGAUAGAAAUGUUGCAGGAAAAUAGAACCGUAUCAAAAGAAAUACCAGCUGGAGUUCACAGUCAUUUGAUAAAACACCCUAAAGCACACAUCACUGUGACUUGAGACCCAGGCUGUUGCUGUUCAGGGGGUACGAGUAGGCUUUGCCCAGCACUAUGCGGUCCCGCAGCAACUUGAACAGCACAUAGUAGUUGCAGAAGAGAAUGAGGCCCAGCGAAAGUGUGUGAUUCCAGCGCUCGGAGCGCAGCAGCGAGUACAGCUGGUAGAGCACCACGCUCGACUCGAUCCCGAUCAGAAGGUUCAGGAUCCGCAAUGGCUUAUGGAACAGGAA